UUCCAAAGGCCGGCGGGAGAACGAUCAGAACUCACUUGAGAGCUUGUCGAGAGCAGUCGCAAUCUUGAGAUAUCUACGCUAAUAUUUCUCGCAAGAAAAUACGGAACAAUACCUGGAUAAUCAAUGGCACUGAUGCUUGGAGAGCUGUCACAACACAACGGCAUGCACAGCAUUGCAAAUGAUAUGCUGUGGGCCGAGAUGGACGACAUCCUCAUGGAGAACUUCUCCGACUACUCGGCAGGCUUUGAGCAGCCGGGUUUCCCCCUUUUGAUGCCUAGCGGUCCCCCUCGCCCAGAGACCAGUUCACCCACCGGUACCGUGUCCAGCCUCUGCAGCAGUGAUGGCGGCAGUGCCUGUGUCUCGCCUCCUCCAGGCCUGCACGCACACGAGGGUUACACGGACCUCCUGGACUUGGACUUCAUCCUGAACAACACAGUCUAUGGCCAGGAAGAGGAGAUGCCGAUUGGUAUCAAGAUCAAGGAGGAGCCGAUGAGUCCAGGCGGAAGCAGCUGCUGUGGUAGCAUGGAAGCCCCAUCCCCAGUGGCUCUGCCCGAGAUGGACAGUUUCCUCAACUUCCCUGAUAUCUCCCUGGAGCGCUUCGCUGCUCCAGAUGUGAAGCCCUUCCUGAUGCAGAUGCAGCAGCACCAGCAGCCACAACAGAACACUCUGCAUCACCUGUCCCCCCAUCAUCCUCGCCAGCAACCUCAGCAGCAGCAGAUGUCACCUCCCUGCUCGCCACAGACAGUACCCGAGCUGCCAUCCUACGCCGCUCAUCAGAUGCAGGCCAGGCAACACAUGCUGAUGAUAUCCCUCCAGCAGCACCAACAGCAACAACAUCAGCAGUCUCUGCUGACACCCCCGAACACUCCCCCUACCUCCCCACUCCUCGAUCUGCUCCGCAACACACCGGCCGACACCAAUAUGCCGCCUCCGCAGACAUCAGGAGCUCCUCAGAUCGUCCGCAAGAAGGGUCGCCGUGCCUGGGGCCGUAAGCGCACCACAACCCACACCUGUACCAACCCUGGCUGUGGCAAGACCUACACCAAGAGCUCUCACCUCAAGGCCCACAUGCGCACUCACACCGGAGAGAAGCCCUACCACUGCAACUGGAAGGGAUGCGGCUGGAAGUUCGCCCGUUCCGAUGAGCUGACCCGUCACUAUCGCAAACACACCGGCGACCGACCGUUCCAGUGUCAUCUGUGCGAUAGGGCAUUCUCCCGCUCCGACCACCUGUCGCUUCACAUGAAACGCCACAUGUGAACAGUCUCAUCAUGAACACUUGACAUUUUUUAAAUGUUAAUGUACAUGCAAAAUGCGAGGGUACUUAUGAAGAAACGAACUUUUUACCAUCUUCAUUUUUGGACAUGUUUCCAUAAUGACACUGAAACUCGUUUACUUUGUAUAAAUUAAAGUGCCAGUUUGUAUUUGCUGUACACUUUUUGGUGAAGUUCUCGGAGUCGAUUCUUUUGGGGUUUAAAAACCAAAAGAAUGGCUGAUUACCGAUGAGCUACCGACGAAACCAAAUAGCGCCGAUGGCUGGGCCCGAGGUCCAGUACGUCGGCGUGGUUGUGUCAGAGAGGCAGGUCUCUAUGGCAAACUGGAGUAAGAAUCGAUUCUUUUACUUCCGAUUUCGACACCGAGUCGAUUUGCCACAAAAAAGAAAGAAAAACAUCUUCAUGGAGACCUGCAUGCGAAGUACAGUAUUUUUUUAUAUCUAAAAAAAGGAAUAUCUGCAUGAAAAAUUUCGAUGGCAGUUUUUUGCAAAAGUUUGUCACUUGUUUUGCUAUUUUGCUCAUUUCGAAAAACCAGAAAAUUCCUAUUUAAAAUACUUGGUUUUGAUGACAAUGUAAAUAAACUGGUGUUCACGGAAAAAGUCAAAUUUUCAACAAAAAUCAAGUCUGCAAUGUUUUUCAAUCAGUGCACAGACAAAAAAAGACACGACAGUGAACACAGUACUAGUGAAAUAUUACUUUUCAAUAAUAGAAAAACAAAUUGCCAUUUUCUGUUUUGCUGCUUUUAUCGCGCACUUUACGCUAAUCAUAUAGUGCAAUUAAACUAUAAAUAUAUUUAAAGUACUACUGUAGUAUAUUUUAGAGAAAUUUUGUUAAUGUUCAACUGAAAAAGAGUAGGCACAAAAUCAUAAAUGCAUGCCCGAUUUAUCACCUUAUCAAAGUAUCGUAUCAGCUGGUCUGUGAGUUAUAUUAAUAUUCUGUAUGAAUAAUUUUGUAUGUUAUCUAUUCAACUCGUCAACUUAAUGAUUUAUAACCUUUGCACCGGUGUUUAAUUGACGAUUAUUAUUGAUCAUUAUUGAUAAGAGAGAGAGACAGAGAAGAGAAGGCUGAAUAAAAGACCACUGGUUGGUCGCCCGAGAAAUGAAAAA